AUGGUUUCGAAACAGAGACAACAGCUACUGCUGUCACCAGAUGGUGUUGGAAGUACUGCAGACAAGAAGAGCCUCAUUCUUAUCGCUCUAAAACGCAUUUUGGUGGUUUGUUGCACUUUUGCAGCCAGUGGUUUAAUGGCAUAUUUUCUUUGUGUCUACUUGCCACAAAGAUAUCUACCCCAAACACAUAAGCUCGUUGGUAUCAAAAAGGUGGAGGAUGCUGGAGUGGAAUUACGUCCUGUGGAGGCGAAAGAGGUCCGUGCUUGGGGUCUUUCUACCAAAGAUGCUGAGAUUGAAGACUACGAGGAGCUGAAAGAGGAACAAGAAGGAAAUUUGAUUGCAAAAUUCUUUAAAAGUCCUCAAUUUAAAGUACAGUCGGUUUUUCUGGCCGCCAACACCUAUAAGGAUAGACAUAUUUUGAUUGGUGAUAUCCAUGGCCAAAAGAAGGAACUUCAGGCGCUUCUUAGAAAAGUCAAGUAUAACAAAAAACGCGACCAUCUCCUUGUGUUGGGUGACUUUAUCUCGAAGGGUCCCGACUCCUUGGGUGUCGUUGAUGAGCUUAUCGACUUGGGCGCCAAAUGUAUAAUGGGCAACCACGAGUACUAUGUUCUUCAAUACUACGCAAAGUAUCAUGGCUUGGAUGAUCCUCAUUUUGUCAAGGAUGGGAAGAAGAGACCUCAUAACGCCUUCGCUGAUGGCUACGAGCAAGAUCCCGAGUUCCAGUUGGCCCGCAAACUACAACCCCAGCAAGUGGAGUUCAUCAACAAUUGUCCUGUGAUGUACAGCUUUGGCAAGGUGCCAGUGCACUCCAAGAAGACCAUUGGAAGUCGAAAGACCGGAAAUGGUGUAGCCGUGCAUGCUGGGCUCAGAUGGGACUCGACUCGUGAUCUCAACGACCAGGAUCCUUUAGAAUGUCUCCAGAUGCGCUCUUACAUUGGACCUCAUUAUAACGAGACUACCGAUGACCCCUCUGAAGAGGGCGCAGUGUCGUGGUCCAAGAUUUGGAACGAGAAACAUGAAGAUAGCCUGCGGAAGGAUGAGUAUGUUGUGUACUAUGGACAUGAUGCUCGGAGAGGUUUGAAGUUGAAGCCAUGGUCCAAGGGUCUUGAUGCCGGGUGUGUCAAGGGUGACGACUUGGCGGCUAUUGUGAUCUGGAAGGAGAAGACAGCCAAGGGUCCACUCUAUAAGGAGCAGGUGGUUAAGGUGCCAUGUGGAUCGUGUUAA